AUGACAACAAAUUUUUCUAGAUUCAGGUUCUGUGGAGAUUUGGAUUGCCCAGACUGGGUACUGGCAGAAAUUGCCACCUUGUCUAAAAUUACAUCUAUCAAAAUGAAGCUACUGUGUGCUCAAGUCAUAAAAGAAUUAAUUGGAGACUCCAUUGAUUACACCAAAGUGUUCAAGCUAACUUCAGAUGCAAAGUACGAAAUUGGCGAUGUAAAGGGAGCCAUAGCAGCGUUGUCGUUUAUUUUAACCAAUGCAGCCAAGCACAGUGUAGAUGGGGAGUCUUUAUCCAAUGAACUGCAGCAGCUGGGAUUGCCAAAAGAGCAUUCAGUUGCUUUAUGCAAAGCUUACGAAGAUAAACUCAAAGUGAUGCAGGAAGUGUUACGAAAACAAAGUCUGAGAUGCAAAAUGGAGGAGAGAAACGUCGUUCAAAUAAACAACUGUUUAGUCGCAUGUCAUUUACAUGAUAUAAAAUUUCUAAAGAGAGUGAAGACGACUGCAGAUAAAAGCAGUAAAACCGAUGUGAGCGACGUUACUAUGGUAAUUUACGUCAUAGAAGCACUUCGUCUACAUUAUCAGUUUAUUACAAUGUCUGUCCAUCUCAACUAA